CUCUCGGCAAGUUUUAUCAAUGUUUUGAUUGAUUCAUUACAGAAAAGCAAGUCGAGCAUUGGUUUGAGGCAUAUCUUUUAUGUUAUACAAAAGGAAGAGAAGAAAUGGUGGACUAGAUUAGUUAAGCAGCAAGGAAAACCGCCCAUAUUCCUGAAGGUGGAUUGGGAUAAAUGGAUUGAUGAAGACGAUGAGAAGGGAGCUGACAUGGACUUUGGAGACAUGGAUUUCUCGAAACUGGACAUGGGUGGGGAUGAUUAUGAUAUGGAUGAUACUCUUAUCGAUGAUGAAGAGAAAGAGGAAGAAGGGGCGGCGAUCAAGAAGGAAGAAGCCGCUUCAGCAAGUGAUGAGAAAGCUUAAACUCUAUGGUCUCUGUGUAGGAGGAAGAGGCCAGAAGCAAGCAGCCUGAUAAUGACUGGUUACUUUUUGCAUGCUCUGAUUGUCUAACUGCAGCACAGCCUUUAGUUGUGGUGCUAUGUAAAGAUCAUAAAUUUUGUAUGAAAUAUUUUGAACUCUCAGAUGGUUCAUUUGUGGAUUUUUGUGCC